AUGAGGAAAUUCGAUCCAUGGCCCGUUUUCUUCAGGAGGGAAUGGAACCGUAACUGGCCAUUCCUAGUCGGCUUUGCCAUCACCGGCACCAUCAUCACCAAGCUUUCCCUUGGCCUUACUGAGGAAGAUGCGAAGAACUCGCCCUUCGUCCAGAGGCACAAGAGAGGAAGAUGCGAAGAACUCGCCCUUCGUCCAGAGGCACAAGAGGUUAGAAAAGUGCAAGCGUUGGUUUUGCUUAAGGACUUCCCCAAACAAGGAAAAAAUAUUAAUAGCAAUGGUGAUAUCACCAACCAUAAUGUAUAA